AUGAGUGGGAGCGCCAAAUACGUCCAGCAUCAGCAUCAGCUGUUGGCUUUUUCCAUCUCACAUGUGAACUUUUCUAACCAGGUGGAUGACACCAAGAAAGAAAUAAAAGCCUACAAGGUGGAGGACAUCGAUGCAAACAGCGUGCACGUGGCGUGGCAGAUCCCGCAAUACUUCCUGCUGAGCGCCGGAGAGGUCAUGUUCUCAGUCACCGGCUUGGACUUCUCCUAUGCCCAGGCUCCAGCCAGUAUGAAGUCCGUCCUCCAGGCCGGGUGGCUGCUCACUGUGGCUUUCGGCAACGUCAUCGUGCUGAUUGUGGCCGAGGCCGGAUCCAUGGAACAGUGGGCGGAGUUUAUCCUGUUUGGCGCCCUCCUGGUCGCCGUCUCCAUCAUCUUCUCCAUCAUGGGAUACUUCUUCGUUCCGGUGGAUCCCAACGACCUGAAAGAAGACGACGACGCGGACGAUAUGAAGAAGCCAAUCCCCGACUUCUAUGAGACCGGAAUAGACAACGUGGAGGAGAAGAAGACGAAGAUCUAAAAUG